ACAGCUGCACCUGGAAAGAAGAGGGAACUUGGUGAGAAUUUGAGAUGGAUCCAGAUAUCCUGAUACAGUCUGUAAUCAGAAGCAUUAUGUGUCUGGCUGGAAUGAUUGGUAACAACUGGCUGUGCAUUAGCUCUCUGCCAAAAUCCAACUCUCAACUCCGAACUAGCGAUGUUCUAUUUAUAAACUUGGCUGUAUCCAAUCUGAUCACUAAUUACCUGGUGGACACCCUGGACCUUUACGAAACUGUAGUAAAUGUGCCUUGGGGAUAUUUGUAUUGCGGCUUUCGAUUGUUCCUACCUGAAUUAUCAGAGACCAGCAGCAUCUUGACCACCGUGUUUAUCACUGUGUACUGGCAGCAGAAGCUCGUGGGUUCUCUGAAGCGCGGAGGAGCUCCGGUACAAAUGGACAACCUCCACUUCAUUGUCAUGUUGCUGACAGCAAGCUGGACUUUCUCAUUUUUGUUCCACUUUCCUCAUUUUUUUUUUGUUGCUAAACUCGGUGAGAAUGAGACUGACGCGGAAUGCACGGACGAGCUGCCCUCACCGCAAGCCGAGCAUGCCUACGAGGUGUUGUACGUCACGCUCGUCAAUGUGAUUCCAAUUUCUACGAUCCUUUACGCAUGCAUCCAGAUCGUGAUUACACUGAUGCAGAAUGAAAAGCGAAUGAAGAAAAUGGAUGAAGAAGUUAAAAAUGAAGGCAACACCUCGGCGGAGAAAAGUGGAGACAACGCUAAUAACGUUUCAACAGUAACCAAGUCCAACUCACAAUCCAAAACAGGAGGUCUGGUGAGGGCUGCCAAGAGCGUGGUGGCAGUAGCCAUUGUUUUUUUAAUAUGCUGGACAAUUCACAUCAAUGUCAGACUGCUCGAUUCCAUCUCACCAAACUACGUGACACAGGUCAUGGAGAGCUUUAUCGGAGCAAUCUAUACAUGCACCAUCCCUUAUGUUUACCUGUACGGUAUGCAAAAGCUGACCUGCUCCUGUUGUUAAGAACGUGUGAUGGGUCAUGUACGAGGAGUAACUCAGUGAACUGUGAUUUAAUGCUGUACACUGUACAGGGCUAAUCAUUCGGGGCUCGAUUUUAAUUUAGCCCCGAAUGUUUUAAUUCGAAUUUUGCCACCGGAGUGUAGAGGAAUUAAGUAAAUGUUGAUCGGUUUAGUUGAGCACUGUUGCCGUUGACUGUAGGCAAUUUGAAUGACAUCUCUCUCCGCGCGCGCGCGCGCACACAUACACACACACGCGCGCGCGCCAAAAUGCCGCGAGAGUGUGCGCUCGAAUAUGAUCUAGAUCAGGACUGGGCAGUUAAUUUCUACAGGGGGCCACAUAACAAAUAUGAACGGUGUUGGAGGGCCGAACCAACGAUAACUUGAACUUAAUUCUGCUCGAUAUUAAUUGCAAUAAAUUAUAUAUUUUUGAUUAGCUGCUACUGGUAAUCAGAAGAAGGAUAUUCUGUAAAUAUUUAUGUAAAUUUAUGAAUUGUUGUGUAGGUCAAAGAGGAAAAUAAUCCUGUAGAAGUAAUAAACAGUUUAAAACAAAAACAAUCAUUGCAUCACUGUUUCAUUUUAUUUUUAACUUGUUAAUCUUCACAAAUACUAAAAGGAUGUUUUGCAUUAUGUUAAAGAUAAGCAACUCGACUUCAUUCAAAAAGCAAUAAGUGCUUGUUUUCAGUUCAUUUUACUCGUUCAGUGAGAAAAAUCCAGGUUGCCAGCUCUUCCGUGAUUUUAAAGUCUGCAUUGAUCCCACGUAAGAAGAUGAGUAGCUGGGCAGUGUCACGUAAAUCGCAGCUCUCAUCCAGAGUCAGUGAAAAAUGACCGCUCUGUUCCUCAGCUGAAGCUCCAGAUUUCCCGCGAUGUCCUCAACCCUUCUCGUUACAGUGCGUCGGGAAAGGGGCACGUUCUCAAAUGCUCCCUUUUUCUCUGGGCAUAUCAGGGCACCAGAGUCCACCAUACACUCCUUAGUAAACUCUCCGUAAGAAAACGGUUUACUUUUUCUAGUGAUUUUGUGAGAUAUGACAUAACAUGUCUUGACAGCUGCAUCUCUGGGUGUGGGAGGUUUUGUAAAAAGUCCGUGUCGGGUUUGCAGCGUGUCCAGCACAGCCUCCGACUCCUGCGCGCUCUUCAUCAGACAAGUUCUUGUAUUUCUCCUCGUGUUUGGUCACGUAGUGGCGAUUCAGAUUGUAAUCUAUGAACACAGCGACCUGUGUACCACUGUGUAACUAAGCACAUGGCUUUACCUUUGAUUUCUGGAAAUAAAUAUUUUGCAGUCCAUGUCUCGUUGAAAACGCGGCAUUCGGAAUCAACUUUUCUUUUUUUUUUAACGGAAGCUGACCUAUAUACAUAUAUCUAUAAUAUAAAACUGUCAGAAAACACAACAAUCUUAUUAUUCAGAUAAUGUUCUAACUUCUAAUAUUUGAUGUUAACACAGUUGAUAAAAGUAGGCUAACAAAUGUAUGUUGGGUCAAAAAGGAGGCCCACUGUCUCUGAUUCCGAAAACCCCUGAAAUAAGGAUCCUUUUUAAUAUUAUUCCAUACCUAAGCCUUAAAUUAAAUAAGCCUAAAGAUAGAUCUAAAUAAAAUGUAAACUGUUAAAGCGCUAAGACAUUACAGUCUGAACAUCAUGACUUUCUAUUAUUCAACUAAUGCAGAAUUUAAGUUAAAAUACAUACAUGGCUUAGGUGAACAAUGGACCAGAACAAUGACUCCAUCAUUCGGCUGUUCUGUCUAUUGAUAAAGGAAUUCUCAGCACUAGAAAUACUAGUAUGGUGACUGACCGUUUUGCUCAAGUCAAGUCUCGGAGAUACCCUGUGAUGAUUCCACCUUCAAAGAAAUAGGAUAGAAAAGUCACCAAGAGCAUGAAGUAGACGAGAUACAAGCAGCAAGACAGGUGAGAGAAUGAGAGAUGAGAGAACAAUGAGAGAAGAGAGAAAAAGAAAAAAAAGGAACAAGAAUACAUACAGUAGUGGCAGUAUAAAUGAGGAAUGAAAUAGUAGGUGCAAGUAUAAAAUAGAUUGUUGUAAAUCUAUAUAUAUUGUAAUAAUAAUAAUAAUAAUAAUAAAGGAUCUACACGGCACUGCUCCACACACAAGCUGUAACAGGGAUAAUAUUGCAUGGUAUACCUGUGUGAGAGAAAAUGUAAUCAAUUUAAUGAACUCCUUUUUUAGUAGCAAGACUAUGUCCUAAUAUUUAUUUUAUAUUUUAUUUGUAUGGAAUUAUGAAUUAUUGCACCUGUAAAGAAAACAGCAGCAAUAUAUUGUCAUGUCAUGGAUGGUUAAGAUGGUUAGAUUUGUGUAAGAGUUGUACAUUAAGGUGGAAUGUAAUGUUAAAUCCAGUUUAAAACAUUCCAUUUGCCUGUAAUGCACUCAGAACCGAAACUAAAUUGAUAUCAGUACUGUAAUAAAUAUUCUUUACAAGCAGAAUCCUGGUCGUUUUCUUCAAAAAGAUGCUAAUAAUAUCAACUUAACUUGUAAAUAUUAAUAACUAAAUAGCAAUGUUUUGAACUAAUACUAGUUGGAGAAGCAACUAAAAGAAACAGACCAAAAAAACAGGCAAGGAAAGCAACAAUAAUGAACAAACAUGUUGGCCCAUAAUA